AUGCUGGGGCAGCUGUUCGCCGAGAUGAAGCAGCUGCAGCUUAAGCCCACCACCUCAAUGUGCCAUGCUGCACUAGCUGCCCUCGCCGUACACCCUGACUAUCUAGUCCGAAACGAGGUCCUUGCCGCCAUGAAGCAGUCUUGGACCGAGGUUGGCAGUGAAGGACAAGCUCAUGUUGCCCUUGGUCUACUCCGCGAUGGACAGUUCGAAUUGGCGCUCGACGCAUUGGAGGCCAUGAUUGACAAGCACGUACCCAUUGCUCCUUGGGUUUACGACAUCUUCAUAUUCAUGUUCGCCCAACACGGAUUUGUCGACGAAGCCAUCAAGCUGGCGCAUAGCAAGGUCCAUACCGGAAGUGAAACGAACCUCACAGUGUGGUAUAUGCUCCUGGACACUUGUGCUCAGGCGUACCAUUACGAAGGCACGAGGUACAUCUGGGGUAGGCUGCUGGAGACAGAUAGGGAGCAUUUAUCAGAUGGCACUCUACUCAACGUCAUCAACACAGCCGCGAGGCAGUACGACUACGAGCUUGCCACAAGCGCGGCCCGCCUGGUUACUCAAAGGGGUAGCAAGCUAUUUGCACACCACUACGAGGCUCUGCUCGAAUGCUAUGGCGGCGCAGGAGAUAUAACAAGUGCGCUGCGGGUCCUUUGCAUUAUGUUCAAAGCCAUUUCCGUUGCACCGUACGCUAGCACCCGCUCGAUAUACUGGUGGAUCAAGAAACAUCCGGAGAGCAUAGACUCUGCGCUUAGGACCCUCACGGAGUUGAUGUGCAAUUACAAAGUCCCCAUUGCAGCCCUCAAUGUUCUCAUUGAAGCCGCGGUAGAUACCCAUGGAUACGCCAAGGCCUUGGAGAUUUACCAGAACGCACACAAGUACACUGAGGCGACCCCCAACCAUGUCACAAUUCGAUACGUUCUGCAGGCGUGCGACGACACGGAGUCUCUCAAGGCUUUGGUGGCAGAGAACCCAGAGUUGGCGUUGAGGGGAGACCGGAGCGCUUUUGGCAAAGCCAUAUACGAAUACGCCAUUUCAGGGGACCUCGAUCUCGCGUACAAGUGCGUAGAGCAGUAUGGGGAGGCCCCUGAAAUUUCCGACGGCGAACGGCCCGGGAAACCAGAAUCCUGGAUACCUAAGAAAACGCUGCUCACACUCAUCAGGAAGUCUCUCGACGCGCAAGAUGAGCGCGUCUGGUGGUUGGUCGAGCAGGCCGAGAGACGAAAUAUCGAUGUUAAAUCGGGUAUCGCGAAACUAAUGGCGUCCUUUGCAGAUGAAGUAAAGCGGAGCACAGGAUUGGCGCACGAGGAUCAUGCUUUGGGUGUUGAAUUGGAGCCGCGACAUCACUCUACGUCGUGA